AUGUCCUCUACCAGUUCGCAACAGUCUGAUCCUCUGAUUUUCUUUGUGAAUGGGAAGAAGGUAGUAGAAAGACAGGCAGAUCCUGAAUGGAAUCUGAUGGAUUAUUUGAGAAGACAUCUCUCCCUAACAGGAACCAAAUUUAGCUGUGGAACAGGAGGCUGUGGGGCCUGCACUGUGAUGAUCUCAGAAUACAACCCAGACACCAAGAAGAUCCACCAUUUUUCUGCCACUGCCUGCCUUACUCCCAUUUGCUCUCUCCAUGGUACUGCAGUCACCACAGUGGAAGGAAUUGGAAGCAUCAAAACCAGGAUUCAUCCAGUUCAGGAGAGACUUGCCAAAUGCCAUGGCACUCAGUGUGGAUUCUGCAGCCCAGGAAUGGUCAUGGCCAUAUAUACUCUACUGAGGAACUGUCCAGAUCCAUCAACAGAACUGUUAAUGGAAGCUCUUGGUGGUAAUCUGUGCCGAUGUACUGGAUACCGACCAAUUCUAGAAAGUGGGAAGACUUUCUGUGAGGAUAUAAUUUCCAUAGAACCAACUGUUUGUCAACUUCAAGGAACAGGAAAGUGUUGCAUGGAUCAGGAGGAAAACCAGGACUCCCUGAAUAAGAAGGAAAAGAUGUGUACGGAGCUAUAUGACAAAAGUGAAUUUCAGCCCUAUGAUCCAUCCCAGGAGCCUAUAUUUCCACCUGAGCUAAUACGGAUGGCAGAAGAUCCCAAAAAGAAAACUCUUUUUUUCCAUGGAGAAAGGGUUCUGUGGAUUUCUCCUGUCUCUCUGAAUAAAAUUCUAGAGCUAAAAAUGAUGUACCCCACAGCACCCCUUGUCAUGGGUAACACCACGGUGGGGCUAAAUAUGAAAGUUAAAGGAGAAUUCCACCCUCUUAUUAUCUCUCCAGUUCGACUUCCAAUGUUAAAUUUUGUGGAUUUUACAGAUGAUGGUGUGACAAUAGGUGCUGGAUGUAGCCUGUCUGAAAUGAAAGAAAUUUUGACUCAUGCAGUUUCAGAGGAACCCAAAGAGAAGACUAAAACAUUCCGUGCUCUCUUAAAGCACUUGCGAACAUUGGCAGGACAACAGAUCCGGAACAUGGCUACUUUAGGGGGGCAUGUGGCAAGCAAACAUGAUUAUUCUGAUAUCAAUCCCAUUCUGGCAGCAGGCAAGGCCAUCCUCAAUUUAAUUUCCAAAGAAGGAGAACGGCAAAUCCUCAUAGAAGAACUUUUCCUAGCGCCUUCUCUCAAGGAAGAACUUCAUCCAGGAGAAUUAAUCUUCUCUGUUUUUCUUCCUUUCUCCAAAAGGUGGGAAUUUAUAUUUUCCUAUCGACAAGCACAAAGAAUGGAAAAUGCCUUUGCAAUUGUCAAUGCUGGAAUGAGUGUCCAUUUUGAAGAAGGUACAAACAUUAUUCGGGACCUUAAGAUGUUCUUUGGAAGUGUUGGCCCUACCACAGUCUCAGCAAGUAAAACUUGUAACCAGCUCAUUGGGAGACAAUGGAAUGAUGAAAUGUUGAGUGAGGCAAACAGGCUGGUGCUGGAUGAGAUUCCCAUUCCACCUACUGCAGUUGGAGGCAUGGUGGAAUACAAAAGAACCCUGAUGGUCAGUUUCCUCUUCAAAUUCUAUCUCAAAGUGCAAAGAGAACUGAACGAGCUGGACCCACAACAAUUCCCAGAAAUCCCAGAAACUUCCAUUAGUGCUCUAGAAGAGUUUCCCAUCAAGAUUCCAGAGGGAAUACAAAUGUUCCAGUGUGUAGAUCCCCAUCAACCUGCCCGAGAUCCAGUUGGAUAUCCAGUCAUGCAUCAGUCAGGGAUUAAACAUGCCACUGGGGAGGCUGUCUACUAUAAUGACAUACCCCAAGUGGACAAAGAACUUCACCUGGCUGUAGUGACCAGUACCAGAGCACAUGCAAAAAUCUUGUCAAUCGAUAUUUCAGAGGCCCUUAAAUGUCCAGGUGUUGUUGAUGUGAUAACUGCCAAAGAUGUCCCAGGAGAAAAUAACCAUGAAGGAGAGACAUUGUAUGCAGAAGAUGAGGUGAUUUGCGUGGGGCAGAUUAUCUGUUCUGUGGCUGCAGAUACACAUGCUCAUGCAAGACAAGCAGCUGAGAAAGUGAAGAUUUCUUAUGAAGAUGUAGAACCAAGGAUCAUAACAAUAGAGCAAGCCAUAGAACACAAAUCCUUUUUAUUUAAAGAGAAGAAAAUAGAAAAAGGAAAUGUGGACGAAGCAUUUAAAUAUGUAGAUGAAAUAAUUGAAGACCCAUGUGUCUACCUUCUCAGAACUGACAUCUUCAUGGAUGCUGCUUUCAGUAUAAAUCCUGCUGUUGACAUAGGACAGAUUGAAGGUGCAUUUAUUCAAGGCAUGGGGUUAUUUACAACUGAAGAACUGAAGUACUCCCCAGAAGGUGUUCUUUACUCUAGGGGCCCAGAAGAUUAUAAAAUCCCUACAGUUACUGAAAUCCCAGAAAAGUUUUAUGUCACUUUGGUGCAUUCCUGCAAUCCAAUAGCCAUAUACUCAUCCAAGGGCCUAGGAGAAGCUGGAAUGUUCAUGGGAUCAUCUGUGUUCUUUGCUAUCAUGGAUGCUGUGGCUGCAGCACGAAGGAAGAAAGGACUUAUGGAGCCUUUUGUUAUGAAUAGCCCAGCAACUCCUGAGCUGAUUAGAAUGUCUUGUGUGGAUCAGUUUACUGAACAGAUUCCCAGAGAUGAUCCUUCAACUUUCAAGCCUUGGUCUAUCCAUGUUUCCUAA